ACGCUCCUUGUCAAACUUGACCGAAGAACUUGUCGCAGUUACUUUUGAGGAAGUGAAAGCGUAUUGCGGCAGAACAAACUCUUUCUCUUUCUUUUUUAGACAAGAAAAACUUUGCUGACGGGGCAUUAUACUAACGGAACAAGAAAACGGCACACGCUUCUUCAGAUGGCUGGAGAACCUGAGAAGACUUCAUUUGGAGGUAAAGAUGAAGAAGAUGAUGAGAUGUCCGGGGACAUAACAGACGCCAAACCUGACCGCAGUGGAAGGUUUUUACUUUUUGGCAAGAAGAAUAAGGAUGGCCAGACACGGGAGCAGGACUACUCUUCUGAAAGCCAUUACAGAAUUGUCUCACCAACAUUCCAGUAUAAGAUGAGCCACCGGCGAGUGGGCAAGUGCAUCAUCAUCAACAACAAAAACUUUGAUGAAAAGACAGGGAUGAAUGUGCGUAACGGGACGGACCGCGACGCCGGCGAGCUCUUCAAGUGCUUCAAGAGUCUGGGCUUCAACGUCUUCAUCUACAACGAUCAGACCUGCGAGAAGAUGGAGCGGCUCCUCAGAGAGGCCUCAGAGGAAGACCACAGCGAGAGCUCGUGCUUUGCCUGCAUCCUGCUGAGCCACGGCGAGGAGGGCAUGAUCUACGGCACCGACGGCGCCAUGCCCAUCAAGACCAUGACGUCGCUCUUCAGGGGGGACAUGUGCAAAAGCCUGGUGGGCAAACCCAAGCUCUUCUUCAUUCAGGCCUGUCGGGGUUCCGAGUUUGACGACGGCAUCCAGACUGAUUCGGGCCCGCCCAACGACACCAUGGAGACAGACGCCAACCCACGACACAAGAUCCCCGUGGAAGCAGAUUUCCUCUUCGCUUACUCCACCGUGCCGGGCUACUACUCGUGGAGGAACCCGGGUCGCGGCUCCUGGUUCGUGCAAGCUCUGUGCAACGUCCUGAACGAGUUCGGCAAGCAGCUGGAGAUCAUGCAGAUCCUGACGCGCGUCAACUACAUGGUGGCUACCAGCUUCGAAUCGUGGUCAGAGGAUCCGCGCUUCAGCGAGAAGAAGCAGAUCCCCUGCGUGGUGUCCAUGCUGACCAAGGAGCUCUACUUCAACUAACUUCAGGGACGCCCGCACACGGAGCGCUCCCGCAAGCAUUCAGGGAAAAUUCCGGCCCGCCACCGGAGUCCUUCACGUCUCACCGGUGAAAGCUCCCGCCUCCACUUCAGGUUUUUUUCUUCACAACAUUUGACGGGAUCUCUGUCGGCAGGCGUCGUGAGAUAUGCAUGUUCUUCUACUACCGCUUCACUUUUCUUCCCGUGUUCGUCGCCGCUCUCGAGCCUGUGUACGCCUCGCGUAUCAUACGUAAGCUAGACGUCUUAAGGCGUCGUCGGCCUGGUCCGCCGCGGCCAUCUUGGGACAAGAGACGGAAUUGUAGUGGAUGGGAGGCAAGAGAUUCUCUGCUAAAAUACUCUCAAUUUGGUAAAUUCUUAACAAAUUUUAGUUGAUUAAUCCAUUGGGACAAUGCAUCCCACAGCUUUUCAAAAAAUCGCACCAGGUAUAGAAGCCAUAGCACUAAAUUAAUAAUAACAUAAACAAGUAAUAUAUGCCGUAAGUUGUAUCCCCCCCCUAAAAUAAAAAGAUUCUGUAUUGAAAGGGUUUAAAUGGGUGUGCAAUUACAAAAUGAAUUAAUAACUAUAACCAUUAAUGGCGAUUGAUGUUCAAUCCAUUUCAGCUGGCAGCGUGAGAUUUUUUUU